AUGGCUGCCGCUAAGUCGACUUGUCGUGUGCUGCUCUUAGUUCUUGGCUGGAUUUUACUUCUGCUGCCGGCUGUAACUGAUGUCCUUGCUGUUCUGUGUGAUGUGACAUGGGAUUCAGCAAUUAGCACGUGCCGUGAACGUGGCGGGAAACUGUAUAAUACUACGAAUACGUCUGCACUAGGUGACGUCACGCCUGGGUCAUACUGGAUUGGAGGGAAAGUUCAGUAUAGUUCGUGGAUGUGGACAGCAGAUAAAAAGUCUUUAUUUGAAUAUGCUGGAGAAAUGAAUGAGUCGUAUGUGACCACUGGUCGUGUGUAUACAAUCCUCUAUGACAAUCAAGCAAGCCGCUGUUACUACGAAUGUCGACAGCGAAAUAACCGUACACUGAUGUUCGUUGGAUUACAGGAUAGCACGUGUUACUGUUUUGGUUCGUUAAGCCCAGGUAGUAUCACUACAGAUAAUCGCACACAUCGUGGCUGUUUGGGCAACUUCAUGGAAUGUUGCGGAACUGACGGUACAAUAAGCAUCUACCGUCCAGAGUUAAUAAAGAACUAUACAUAUAUUACCUGGUCGUUGAGUCCUGAGGGAACGUGUGCUUAUAUAAACCAAAGUGGAAACACCAUUGUUAAAAACGAAGACAAUUGUAUGACACAAAAAGGAUAUAUAUGUAACUGUACAAACAGUGAGCUCAAUUACACCUGUUUUUACCAUACAAUGGAUCGAAGUUGGUUUUCUGCGAACUCAUCGUGCACGUUAAAGACGCUGAAUGAAACCAAUGUGGAGUACAUAAGAACAAAAAUGCAGAUUGCCUCGUACUGGAUUGGGCUAAAACGCUCCAAGUAUAUCGUGUGGAUUGACCGUUAGUAAUAUUGAAUUGUCGGGUGCUUUCAAUAUGCAUGGUCUUUUUAAAAUUAUAUUACGAUACUAAGUACCGUAAAGUAUAGAUAGACCGUUUUAGCUUGUACCAAUACAAAUGUGUUAAUUAUAUUUUAAAUUAUCCAUAUAUAUUAAAAUCAACAUGGGAUAAAGUAGGUAUGAUGAAGUGGGAGGACCUUACAAGUACGAUGAUUUUUGGGUUGGCUCCUUUAUAGCUUCUCAA